AUGGACCACCCGCGAUACAUUGAUGACCUGGCGGAUGAGCUGCUCAGCGAUAUCCUGUCCUUCCUGACAGGCGCAGAGCAACCGUGGAUCGAGCCUCCGUUGGAGAAUCCCAUGCCGAACACCACAUCGGAACGCCCUGGCGAACGGUGCGAUCUCGACCGGUUCCGUCUCGUGUGCAAACGAUUCAUGAGGAUCGCCACGCCGCGCAAGUUCUCUCGCUUCGUCUUGCGAUUCUCCAAGGAAGGUUUCCAGCGGCUGGAGGACCUUUUGCGCAUGGACCGGGCUUGUCAUGUCAAAUACUUCACGUACAUGGUGCGACCCUUCUAUCAAGGCAGCGGUACCAGCCCCCCCGUGCAGUAUUCCGGGGAAAAAAAAAACCAUUUUCAGGGCUGGACCGCAAUCCUCGCGCAGAUCGGCACUCAUAGUCCCUCGGUCUCUCAGAUCCACACUCAUCGGUUGUUUACCCAACAGCUGGUGACCGACGGCGGCUGUGACCUAAUAUUGCUGCGUCGGGCGAUGGAAGCAUUCUCGUCGCUCCGGCAGAUCAAGUUGCUGAGGCUGCAAGAUCAGGCGGACGAACAACUUCUGGGGCUGAUCAAGGAACGGUCUCUGAAUUCGGUGGCGCAUCUAAGCUGGGAACCCGCUUGCUCGCGGGCGAUCGCAAACCUCGGCGUCGCCUUGCUGGAGUCGAACUGCUGUGCGGUCAAGUUUGUCGGCCCCCAGAUCAGUCCGGACACUGGUUCCCGGAUGCUUCAGGUCCCGUCGACGACGCUCUCCGCGCUCGGGCAACGAUUAACGAGUCUCGACGUGAAUUUCUACUCCUCGGCCGACAUGACCUCCAGCAUUGUCCGUCUGUCGGCUGCCUUCCGCCACUUCUUCCUGGCCGCAACGAGUCUGACAGACCUCCACCUCGGCUUCUCGGGUCGCUCCCCGCUUGAUCUCAAACUCGAGCAGGUGCUGCAUGGGGCCCACUGGAAACGGCUCCGCGCCUUCAGUCUGCAGGGCUGGCGGCUGGGCGCGGGUGAGAUCGUCGGCAUGGCGCGACGCCACCGCCGGCAGCUACAGGACCUUCGCCUGAGUCAUAUUUACCUGCGCGAAGGUGGACGCUGGAGCGACAUCCUCCUAGUGUUGCACGACGAGAUGGAGCGGCUCGAACGGCUAGACCUGCGCGAGAUCGACUACGCAAAGCAUCUGGAUGCCCCCUCCUCCGAUCCGGUUGAUACCAGCCUCCUCCCGAGUACUACUACUGCCAGUGCAGAUAGGGACACAACCCACGAUACAGACCUGCAAGAGAUCAUCAUUGAUGACUACCUCCGCCUACCCUGGCAGGACAACCCGCCGCGCACGCUCUCGCCGGCCACCGUGGCUAAGCUGCGGGCCUUGGGGGUGCACGAGCUGGGCGACAACGGUGCGUAUGUUCGGCGCGAGCAGCGGGUGUUAUGGGAAGCAUGGGUGAUUGCCAGUCGAUAG